AUGGAGUCAAUUUCAUUUAACAAAUUCAAAAAAUGUUUAGAUGAUUGGGCAAAACAAAAUGAAAUAGGAGAACAAUGUUUAUCUCGACAAGUGUUGGGCAAACCAUCGAUUGAAUUGGAACCGAUUACAAACAAUUUAAGGCAAAUACUAGAUUGUAUGUUCGAUGAAUAUUGUCAAAUGCUUCAUAAAUUGGAAAUAGAGGAAAUAGCAGUCAAUAAUGAACAAGAAAGUAAUAAUCAUCAUAUACCCGAACAAGUUGUUUUAUUAAAAAAAUGUUUAGAAAUGUAUGAUCAAGAGUACAUGGUUAAGGACUGCAUAAGAGAUAUUGUAAGUGGUGAAGGAUUCGCAACUCAACAGCAUUUAGCAGGAAGUAUGGCAUUAUGGCGAUCAGAAUCCUAUCUUGAUGAAGAAAUACAACGAAAAAUAAAACAUUUAAAUUAA